AAGUGAUCCGGUCCUGGGCUUGGUCAGGUAUCUGUAACCCAAACACACACACACACUUUGUGGGACUGCUGGAAAAUAAAGUGCGUGUCUGAUUCCACUACAGGUAGAAAUGUAGACUUGACCAAGCUGUCUUGUCAAUAGGUGUGUCAAAACAGGAGAAGGGUACACGCAUUGUUGUUACUCUUGACCUUUAGCAGGUCAGAAACCUGGACUUUUAUUUCUGUUCAGUUUCAUCAAAUAUUUUGCAGGAUAGAUCAAUAGGCUGUACAUCAAUUUUAAAUUAAACAUCUGUGUUUAAAACAGCUUGACAUCAGUGUCAUCCAAGUCUUGAAUAGAAUUAGAAAAGACUUAUGUACACAUUACAUUACUCAAGUCAAGUAUUGUAUCAAUCCACAUUUAAAGAUGAGUUCCACCAGCACGGAAAUGUUGAGCACUGAGGAUAUUCUCAGAAAGAAAUCCAAGAUAAAUCUGACAAAACUGAUUUUAUUUCUAGUCCUCUCAGCUGUUGUCGGAUUGGUCGUUGGUCUGCUUAUUGGCGCCUUUGCUAUCUGUGAUAAAGACAACAGUGACGGAUUAUUUCUGAAAGAUGUGCCGGACACGCUGGUCAGCGAAGAGAAUCCAGACAUCUCGGACCUGAUCUUGAAUUCAAUAGAUCCAGAAAGGAUAGAGAGUUAUUUAAGGGACCUAACCAAACAUCCACAUAUAGCGGGCAGAUCACGUGACUUUGAGCUGGUCACGUUACUUCAGAAUCACUUCAAAUCAAACGGCCUUCACGUCCAGACCACGCCCUAUGACGUGUUGCUGUCCUACCCCAGUGAUGUCACGCCUAACAGUGUCCGUCUGAUCAACGCCAGCGGAAGCGUGGUCUAUGACGCCAAAGAACACGAAAGCGACAUCUCCGGAGAGCCGGACGUAGUGAUGCCGUUCAACGCCUACUCACCAAACAGGCUUGUAGAGGGGGAGCUGGUGUUUGUAAACUAUGGUAGAGUUGAAGACUAUGAUGACUUGCUGAGAAUACAAAAUAUCAGUGUCGAUGGUCGAAUAGUGAUCGUGAAAUAUGGAAAACUGUUUAGGGGUGAUAAGGUUGACAUUGCAGCUUCUUAUGGCGCCAUUGGGAUCAUUAUCUACAGCGAUCCCUAUGAUUACACUGGGUUCAAGGAGGGUGAUUACAGGGUCUACCCAGACACUUGGUGGCUUCCUUCCACUGGGGUUCAGAGAGGUACAGUCUUCACUGGUGACGGUGACCCGCUGACUCCUGGAUACCCUGCCAAUAACCUGGCCUAUCGCUAUGACGAGGACAAAGUGGAUCCACCUCUGCCUAAAAUUCCUUCACACCCUAUCGGCUAUGGAGCCGCCGCCGAAAUACUAAAGCACUUGAAUGGAGCGCCAAUACCAAACUGGAAAGGAAGUUUGAAUGUGUCGUAUAAUACAGGGCCGGGAUUUUUACAAAAUGGAAUGACAAUUCAACUGAAUGUGACGACUACUAAUAAAAGAGCCAAAGCAGAAAAUGUUUUUGGUUUGAUUCGAGGAACAGUUGAGCCAGAUCGCUACGUUUUAGUUGGCAAUCACCGUGACGCCUGGAUCUAUGGGGCCAUCGACCCUUCCAGUGGUACAGCCGUAAUCAUGGAGCUAGCCACAGUGAUGGGAGCAUUGGUCAAAUCAGGUCAAUGGAAACCCAGAAGGUCAAUUAUGUUCUGUUCCUGGGGAGCUGAAGAGUUUGGUUUAAUUGGUUCUACAGAAUGGGUUGAGCAAUAUGUGGCCACUUUAAGGGAGCGAGCAGUGGCCUAUAUUAAUGUGGACAUUGCAGUACUUGGCAACGACACCCUCAAAGUAGCCUCUACACCUCUCAUGCAUAACAUCAUUUAUGAUGCCAGUAAAAAGGUCCCAAACCCUAACCCUAAAGAAGUUGAGUCUGGGCGAAAAACUGUUUAUGAUACAUGGCUUCAUGUCACUAACAAUUCUGGUCUCCCUUUAAUUACAACUCCUGCCUCUGGGAGUGACUUUGCACCUAUCUUACAGCGAGCUGGUAUUACCGCCCUUGACAUGAGCUACGCCUACGACAGUAACAAAUACAAGAUAGCUUACUACGCUUUGUACCACACAGAGUAUGAAAAGUUUGCAAUCGUCAAGUCACAGUUUGAUCAACAAUUUCUGUUCCACGCUGCUAUUGCUCAACUGAGUGGAGAGAUGUCCAGACGACUGGCGGAUUCACUAAUUCUUCCAUUCAACGUCUCCAACUACGCUGCUGGCCUGGAGACUUUGAGGAAAGAACUGGACAAAGACUAUGGGGCAUCACUCAAGUCAAAUCUCAGUAAUUACGAUAUGUUAGAGAUAGUGAUACAAAACUUCACUAAAGAUGUACAUGACUUUGAAACAAGACUCAAAUCUGUGAAUAAAAAUAAUCCAUUUGCUCUACGUACUGUAAACGACCAAAUCAUGCUACUUGAGCGAGCUUUUCUGGAGCCAGAGGGUCUCCCUGGUAGACCUAAGAAAAAACAUUUGAUAUUCGCAGAAAGUGACCACGAUUCUUACGCCGGAAGCAGUUUCCCUGGACUAGUGGACCUGAUGUUUAAGAUCGGCACAGAGCCGGAGAGAUGGGAAAAAGUUAAACAACAUUUCUCUGUCGUCUUGCAGACCAUCCAAUCAGCUGGCGCCAUGUUGCGUGACGUCACGAACUUCAUGUCUGAAACUUUAUAACAAUCACGUGACUUUUAGGACUCUUUAAGAAAUCGUCUGUCUUAGACAUUGUGGACAAAUGGUCACUCCUUUCCAUAAACGUCAUCAUUAGACUGACCUCUUCCUGUCCAACAGUGGACAGUUAUGAUGACACAGCCAAAAUGAAAGGCACUUGUGUAUUCUUUUAAUGUAGUGCAAACAAAACUAGACUUCGGGAGACAUUCUCUUUAAAAAAAAAUAGAUCGUAUUCAAAACUGAUUUCUACAGUUUUCUUUCAUAAAUGUGUGGACAACAUUUUACGAACGUAUCAGUUGCCUUCGACCACAGCAUCCACUUUAGUCUGACCAGUCCUUACGAUAUCCUAAACAAAAAGAUCCAUGAUUUUAUGACUUCCCUGUUCAUACAGUAUUUAAAUCAAUCUUUCUUAUGAGCUUUGUAUUUUGUUAUGUUCUCAUGGCGCCUUCAGUCUACAUGUUGGUUCAAUUGCUAUGAAAUUAAAUUAUGACUAUUAUUAUAUGUAUAGCUCAUUUUCAAAAAUACACAUUUUUUACUUUUCGCUAUGCCUGUUACAUGUCUGCAAUAUUCCCCAUAUAAACAAACAUCUGAAUCUAGUUUGUUUAUUGAUAAUUUGCUUGAUUUUUUUAAAAGUGCCCUUUGAUUUUGUAUUGAUGUAUUAAUAUAAAAAUAUAAAGAAUUUCAAAUUCCUUUUUUAAUUA